AUGUUUGCCGAAGAGCAGCAAGCAAAGGAACUCGAGGCCGUCUCGUACUUCAAUCGCAUCCGAGAAGACUUUGAGCGCCAUAAAGACCUCAAGAGCAGCAUCAACAGACUAGAAAGACAGAUCAUUGAUUUGGCCAACCACUUGACGGUCUGCCAGCAGCGACUCGAAGACGUCGAGCUCGAGAAGAUGCAGCUGCGCAGCGUGAAGAGGCGCUUCAGAGAGGCUAUGUUGAUCUCAGCACCUCGUUGGAGCAGGCCAUCAAUCGCCUCCUCACGUACCACCGCGCGCACAGCCCAAGACUACGCUACGCAUCCCAUCAGCGGUGGCGCGCUCAGCCAGCAGGCGUCACCGCUAAUCACAGCGACUCCAAGCUCUGACAUACCUCGAAGCAGAUUGAAAGACGAGCUGAAGGAAGGUGAGAUCGAGGAUCGCUACGACGAUCUCAUCGAGCAAUUUCUGGCCAUGGCGGAGGGAGAUGAUCCAGCUCCAGUGCUGGCAGAAGCUACUCGAGCAGAUGCUCAUCCUUCCCUCCGGGCGUACGUCCUGUCGCUGGGUCUUUUGCCCAGUCUCCCUCACCUGCGCAUCGACGGCUACCCGUUCCCCGCCGAUCUGCAAGACCUCCUGCCGGUCCUUCGUAGCCGCCUCAGGCGCCAGGGACAGAACCACCUGCAGGAGUCGGUUCUCAUCGGGACGUACGACGAAAUCGAGCUUCGAGGGAUAGUCGGUGCAAUCACGCACGGCACGGGUGCUCAGCUUAACGUCCCUGCCAGCGAGCUACUGCGACCUGGUGAGCUGGAGGCAUGGACAACGGCACUGGAGGACAUCUGGGAGCGAGUUGCCGAAGGCCCGCCCGCCUACAUCAUCGGGGACGGCGCUUUCAUGACGCGUCUCGACAAGAACGCACGGGACCGUUGGCUGGAAGCCUGUCAGCGUAAUCCGGACGACCCUGCGCCUCCUUCGCGCCAGCAGCUGAGCGACCUUCUCGAGGCCAAGCUGCACGAACAAGGCAACAAGUGCGCGCUGUGUGGGGCAGAAUUGACGCGGCUCGGCAGGCGAAGGAAUUACUCCGACGUGCAACUCAGGGAAAGGGCUGCAGGCAGUGCUCUCGCCAGUGACAGUGCUACCGGGCGGAGGAGGCGCGUGAGUGGGGAAUUGGAGGAAGCGGGAGAUGGUCUAGAUGAGGACGCUGUCAUCUUGACCGGCGCGAUGGAGGUGAUGGAAGAUGGCGAGGAAGAUGAGGAUGCGGGCGGUCAUGUCCGCGGGCAUGCCAAGGCAAACCAAGCGCCUCCUCGGCCCACCUACCCAGCCGACAGUCUUGUUGGGACCGUGCUCAACAGUGUCUACUGGUAUCAGACGCAUCCCUGGGCACCGGAGCCACACAAUGCUUCUGCGGACCAGAUCGUCUCUGGUUGGCUGUAUUUGCGGGAAACGUGCAGAUGCUCUGCAACGCAUGCAACUUCCUCAAGUACACGUGCUCAAUGGACGAGGCUCGCGUCCUUCUGCGUCACAUCGCCAGCUCUUGCGAAGCCCUUGGUCCCUCUUUCACUCCUCUCUUCGGUUCUCCCAUUGACGGCAAUCCUGGUCGCACCCUCGACGCCGGCAUGCACCUCGUCUUCUCCCCUCCGCCUCCCAUUCUGGACGAUGAGCGCCAGCGAAACCGCGAGCUCGCCACCAUCCGGUGGAACGAGCUCAAGUACAGAGCAGCGCAGCGGGGACUGGAACUUCCUCACUGUUGGCGACGUGGAGGGUUUCUGCUUGGAGCGCAGGGCAGGCAAAGACGCCUUUCUGAGCGCUGAUGGCAUGGUGCUGCCCAUGACGCUGGCGUCCGUGGAUCGCCUUCACGAUGGCCACGGAUACGUGCCCGGCAACAUUCGCCUCAUCCUCCGCUGUCAUAACGCGCUGCGUCGACACAGCAACCACGACGAAUGUUGGAUUUCGUACCGGCUUGCGAUGCUGCUUGCAGUCGUGUUGAGCCAGGGAGAGCAGGCAGCCGCUCGGGGGACAGCGCUACCAAAGGCGGACUGGCUGGACGUGAAGGACCCCGACGCCUUAUUGGACGACGAAGGCGAUGAUGACUGGAGCGCAGAGGAGGACAGCGACUACGACGCGUACACAAUGGCCGAAAAUACGUGCCCAAGGACUUUCGCCUGCUUCUCUGCGGCCACAACAACCACGACGAGUGCCAGUAGCAUGGGACCCGUCAAACAUGUCGUGCUCGACUGCACGCCUAGCAUUGCCUCGCGAUGUCUUCCUACGAUACAGUAG